UUUUUAAUUCAUGGAAAAAAGGAUCUAUAUAAAAGGAAGAGAAUGUUGAAAAGUUUAAUGAUUGGUUGUCCUAAGGCUAUUAUUUUCUAAAUUGAGUCCCUAACAUGAAUACUCAGAUCUUUGUGCUCGAAUAGUUCAUUUUAAUAAUAGGUUGUUUAUCCAAAUCCUACAUAUAGCUCACACAAGAACAGAAGUGACAAUAUAAAACAAAAGGAAAGUCACAGUGCAUUUGGAUUUCUCUUCUCUCUAGUGUUCUCUCUUUUCUUUUAUUGCCCCCCCCCAAUCACUUCUACUGGGUGGGUUUUGAUGGGUUUUUGUUGUGAGCCAUUAGACGUAUUUGUUGUUUUAUAAUAUCCAUUCAGGAUGUAAGGUUAUAAGUUUAUAGGUACCCCAUCCCUGGCUAUAGUUGAUAUGUUGGUCAGACAAGUUUGCUUUCACAUAAAUUCUUGCUUAUUAACUAGUUUCUCAUAAACUUUCAGGCUUGGUUUUUUAAAAAAUUGAUAAACCCUUUUUAGAAGACAUCUGAAGGCAGCCCUGUUUAGGGUGGUUUUUAAUGAUUAAUGCUGUAUUGUGUUUCUAAUAUUCAGUUGGGACCCGCCCAGAGUGGUUGGGGAAACCCAGCCACAUGGGCAGGGUAUAAAAUAUUAUUAUUAUUAUUAUUAUUAUUAUUAUUGAACUAGGACAGCACUGGGAAUAUUUGACUUCCCUAAUGUACAGUUGAAACUCAGAAAAUUAGAAUAUCGUCGAAAAGUGCAUUUAUUUCAGUAAUGCAACUUAUUAUUUUUUAUUUUUCUUUGAAUUUUUACAAAUGCUUUCUUUUGGAAAUUCCACAGUAAUAAAACAAAUAGUUACAAUAAAAAAUAAAAAUAAACAUCGCUAUUACAUUUAAUUAAUUACAUUCCAUUUAUAAUUGACCCGCCUCAUGACAAAUAAUUACACUUACAACAAAUAAAGGCUUGAUAUAAUGUUGCUUUGCAUGUCAUGCAUCUAUCUCAUAUAUUGGUUUCACCUUUUAAGUUGCAUUACUGAAAUAACUGCACUUUUCGACGAUAUUCUAAUUUUCUGAGUUUCACCUGUGACAGCUUCUGUUCUUAAGAGUAUUUUUCAUGGUAUACUUGAGCUUCUUAAGCUGCAGGAUAAUGGAUCAUAUCCAGUGUUAGUCAUACGCAGGAGCAGAUUCAGCUGGUUCCUCCCACCAUUCCUCUGCAUCCAACUAGUCCUUGACAACUUGAUACCAGGAAUUAAACUUGGGACUUUGCAUGCAGACAUGUUCUAUAUCAGGCAUCCCCAAACUUUGGCCCUUCAGAUUUUUUGGACUACAAUUCCCACUUUCCCCGACCACUGGUCAUGUUAGCUAGGGAUCAUGGGAGCUGUAGGCCAAAACAUCUGGAGGGCUGCAGUUUGGGGAUGCCUGUUCUAUAUCAUUAAGACAUAGCCCUUUUCCCAGCUACUCUUUCUCCUUGGGCCCAUCCAUAGUCUUCUUUCAGCAUCUCUGUUUGCUGUACUUGGCACAGAACCUAUGGGGCAAACUAGAUAUUUAAAGAAUUUUUACCCUGCUCUUCAGUUAAAAAGGUUCCCAGAGUAGCUUGCAAAGUUCAGUAAUAAAAUAGUCCUCUGUCCUCAGGCUUACAAUCUAAAAGGCAAGAAGGAAAAAGGAUUGAAAGGGAAGAAGAAAAAGCAAAUGGACAUUAGUUCUUAGAGUUCUUGAAAUGAUAAACUAGAAUGCAAAUGGUUUAAGGCAAGGAGGGGCCAAAAGUUGCAGGCCUCUCAACAGAGAUAAUGGAGAAGCCCUUUGGUCCCAUUUCUUCCUUGGCUAUAGCCAGUCACAUGUGACAAUAUUCUGACUCCUUGUCAAAGCAAAGCAAUUUUGGUUGCUGCAAGUUUCAGCAGAGGAUUAGCUGGGAUAAGGGGCUGCUGCACAAAAUUGAUUUUGCUCCCCACUGCUAUUCUAUCAGGGGUGUGUGUGCGUGUGUGUGUGUGUGUGUGUAGAGGAGAAUACACAGAUUCUGUAUUCUAAAUGUAGCGCUGCUGGAUAUUUACUCAACAGCUCUUACUGGAAAUCUCUAACAUAAAAACAUGUAUUCCAUCCCAAGCUUUUUUCAAAGGUGCUAUGACAUAAGUUGGUGACAUUUUCAGCUUUGAUCUUUCUCUCUUCUUUUAGGGCUGUAGCAUUCUUUAAAAAUGGGCCGGAUUUUCUUGGAUCAUAUUGGUGGUACUCGCCUGUUUUCCUGUGCAAAUUGUGACACAAUCUUGACCAACCGCUCAGAACUCAUAUCUACUCGUUUCACAGGGGCUACUGGUCGAGCCUUCCUAUUUAACAAGGUAGUAAAUCUGCAGUACAGUGAAGUCCAGGAUCGGGUCAUGCUCACUGGACGCCACAUGGUUCGUGAUGUGAGCUGCAAGAACUGCAACAGCAAGCUAGGCUGGAUCUAUGAAUUUGCCACUGAAGACAGCCAGCGGUAUAAGGAGGGCCGUGUUAUCUUGGAAAGAGCUCUAGUCCGAGAGAGUGAGGGGUUUGAGGAGCAUGUUCCAUCUGAUAACUCAUGAAUGAACAUCUCAGUUGUCUCCAGGCUUUCUCUGUUGAAACUUUAAAAAGAGAAAAACCAACAACAAAAAAUCAACUUACAUACACUGUCACCUUAGCAUCAGCGUUGGAUUCAUGAACCAGAGAAUGGGAAAGAUUGUGAGAGAAUUUCAGACGGAACUUUCCUUUAUUUCUUUCUCCUUUUUUAUCCCUUUCAGUUCAUAGGGAAUGUUGAAUGGAUGCUGUAACUUUGCUUUUUCUCUUAAAGUCUCAGAUAUGUAAGCAUUUGAAGUUACAAAUCCUCUGAAAGCAAUUUGGAAUAUUUCUUUCAUUUGAGAGAAUACAGUUGGAUUUUAGUUUGUAAAACCUGUUACAUCAAAAGGAAAAUUUUAAGUGUAGCAAUCUUUUAAUUUAUUUCAAUUUUUUUGUCCUUCGUUUUAAUUCGAUUUUAGCCAGACUUUUCACCUGAUCUACUGGCUUAAAAGGUCCGAAUUUAUGAUGAGUGCUAAAGGUUCAGUGUUUAGUCCAGUUUGUGCUGGCCGUUGAUUCAUAUUCUUGUUGGGGUUCAUUGGUAGUACAGAGCCUGUGCUUGUCUGUACCUUAUUUUUUUUUUGUAACCCAAUUUUUUUUCUCAUUCCUCAUUUAUCUAAGCACCCCUUCCACCAUAGGGCUGGUGUUGACUUUUUUUUAACAGGGCAAAACUGCUUGUCUUCUCAGUUUCCUGAUGUAACUUACACAAUUAUAUAGACAAAUGGCUGUCCAGUCUUGUGUUGCUUCAGAACUAUGUAGGUAGUGAUGGUGGGACUUGAGCAGUUGCUGCAGCAUUUUUUGUUUGUUUGUUUGUUUGUUUGUUUGUUUCUUGGCUGAUUUCUUUAAAUAGAAAAGUUGCAACUCCUAAUCUUAGAAUUCCCCUCCUUUUUUAUCCAUAGCUUUGCAUUAGAAACCUAACUAUAAGGAAGAAGGGCAUGCCAGCAUGUACAGCCAUGCAUACUACUAGGCAUCUGAUCUAAAUCUGUUUAAAUGGCUAACAACUUGUCUUCAACUGCUGCUUCUGAUAUCAAAGCUCUUACUCUUAGUUGCAUCUUUCCAUUGUGGUGCUGUACCUUUACUGGUUUCACCAGCAGAAGUUCAUCUGGCUGUACUUGGUCACAUGUUAUCUGGUGCUUCCUGUAGCAGUUACUUGUUUUGCAAUACUGGAUCUUGCUCACCCCAAAAACCCUUCUGUAGACUCUUUACUCAGGGGUGCCCAAAUGUUGCUGCCAGCAUGGCCUGCCAAGCUAAAUUUCUUGGAAUUCCAAGACCUGCAUCUUAAAAAUAUUAAUCACAAUUUUGUACUCUCCUUGUCAGUACCAGUUAUUUCCUAGACAAGGUAUUUGCCUUACUGUAAUUGAUCCUCAGCAAUCAGAUAGCACCUGUUAAGUUCUGCCACUGAGCAAGGAAUGCAAAUAAAGCAUCCAUAUAUUUGGAGGAUCAGUGGUCCUCGGUCCUAACCACACUUGCACAGGCUGGGGCGAGGGGUUGCCUUUGCAAGUGCCUUUAGGAAUACUGUUCCAUGAGCCAUGCCUCCCAUAUAUAACUUGCAGACUGGAUGAGGAUUUGUAUCUUGCACUCCACAUGUGGCAUUCUGGCCAUUGAGCUGUAGUUUGGGCACCCCUCUUAGCUUGAUAAGUAUCUCUAAUAUGCAACUUAGAGGGGCAACAUGUAGAUUUGUGUACUGGAGCUAAGUCAAAUCAGGAUACUUAAACAAUAGUGUACUUGUGCCUCAGAUGAGUAAACUUUACUAUUGACUUCAGUAGUUCCCGAUUAUUUUAGUAACUUAACUGGCAACUUGUGAUUGGCAGUCCAUGAUGUACUCUACAUGUAUUUUUGAUGUUGCAGUACAAUAAAGUAUGUUUUGUCCUG